GAGAUAUACUCAAUAAAUGUGUUACUAAAAUGUUUUAAUUUAAGUAAAAAUACGAAUACAUGCACUCAAAAGCUUUAUUUGAUAAAUUUAAAUGUUGGAGGGUUGCCAUAAAUCAGUCUGUAACAUAGAACGACUUGAGAAUAAAGACAACACAAGUACAAUGGAAACAUCUAGAAGGCACAAACACCAUUUUGGUAACCCUAACAUGCGUGGCAACCCAGAGGGCGACAGCAUUGUUAUGAAGAAGACGAUGAAGAACAACAUCCCCCAAGACUUUGAUGCUUCAGCUGAUUAUGGGGCUUCACCCUCAAAAAGGCGUAAACAACACAGCUACAAUGAUUUCCAUCCAUCUGGAUACAGAAAAGAGUUUCGAGCCCCGGUCCCAAGUUUUGCAGAAUCCGAGCUCUCGGCUCUCGACAUCACGGACACGCCUGAGUCCCUGUCUCAGAUCAGUGCCAUCGCACCAGUAUCUGACAUCUCUAACACACAGCCAAGUUUUAUGAAGAAGUCAAGGGUCCUAGCUGACACGACGUGGGAGAACGCCGUUUCCCACGCUAGAGGGGAGCCAGACGGGGCAGAGAAAUCAUUCAAACGCAGCAAGGUUUCAAUACGGGAGAGGUUAGAGACAGUCCCAGAGGAUGUCUCUGAUAACAGCAAGGGCAGCAGCAGCAGUGGCAAGCGGAGGCCAGACACCUCAACAAACACCAACAAACCUCUCACUGUUGUAGAGAGAAACAAGUCUGUAAAGAGCCAUUUUCGCAGGGCAGCUUCAGUUCUGAGGAAAGCCAAGUCUAAAUCUAAACUGCCUGAGAACAAAGUUGGAACCAUGAAGCGCAUGGAUGCCACUCUUGCCGAUGAAACAAUGACAAAGAAGCCAGACACAAAGGAGCUAAGCAAGAAAGAGAGAAAGCAGGUGCGCAAGGCAAUGAAGAGCAACUUUGAGCAGAUACAGAGGUCCAAGAAGAUCUGGGAGGAGCUGCGCAGGGUAAACACCACCCCAGAAAAGAAGACUGAGCUGUGCAGUGAGUUGUACACCAUGGUGAAGGGAUCAAUGAAGGAGUUUUGUUUUGCCCAUGAUACCGCUCGAGUCAUUCAGUGCCUCAUACAGUAUGGAACAACAGAACACAGAGAGAUGGUCUUUGAGGAGCUGAAAGAUGAGAUAACCACUAUGGCAAAGUCAAAGUAUGCUAAGUUUUUGGUGAAGAAAAUGUUGAUGUAUGGGACCAAGCACCACAGAAGUUGUGUGUACAAGAGCUUCCAUGGUCAUGUCCGGAAGCUCAUCAGGCACAGGAUUGCUGCGGAUGUGUUGGAGUAUGCCUACAAUGAGUAUGCCAAUGCUCACCAGAGGCUAUCUCUGCUAGAGGACUUCUAUGGACCCAGCUUCUGUCUCUUCAAGACUCCAGACAUCAAGUGCUUGGGUCAGAUCAUGUUGAGUCAGCCAGACAAAAGGGAGAUGAUACUGAGAAACAUGCGAGAAGCGCUGCUGCCAUUGAUUGACAAAAACAUCCUGGUGCAUUCAAUGGUUCACAAGGUGUUCAUGGAAUAUUUCACAUAUGCUGACAACAAGAUGAAAUCAGAAAUGAUAGAGUCGCUGCGAGAAUCAGUCAUUCACAUCCUGCACACCAGGGAUGGAGCAAGGGUGGCCAUGCAGUGUGUGUGGCACGGAACUGCAAAGGACAGGAAGUGCCUGAUCAAGAGCCUGAAGGGUAACGUGGUGAAGAUUUGUCAGGAGGAGUUCGGGCACCUCGUGAUGCUCGCCAUCUUUGACUGCGUCGAUGACACCAAGCUCGUGAAAGUCGCCUUACUUGAUGAAAUGCUGAAGAGUGUGUCAGAGGUUGCAGACAACCAGUAUGGCAGGAAGGUACUCCUGUACGUGUUGAAUCCACGUGACCCUCACCACUUCCACCCAGAUAUGGUCCGGGUUCUACAGGAGGGGGACCAGAGUCUCACCAGUAAGAAGGAGAAGUCUGUGCGUUACCAGGAGCUGCUGAUGGCAGUGUCCGAGUGUCUGCUGCAGUACAUUGUUGAUCAUGUGACCAGGCUCGUCGUCAAUAACAACAUGCUGCUGUUGGUCCUGGCUGUCAUCACACACGCACACGGCGACCCCACCCACGCCAUGGAGGCAGUGGCCCACAUUGCCGCCGAGCCCUUUGUAGCGGGCAACACGGAGGGCGGUCUGCACAUCAUUGAGAAUCCUGCUGGUCACAUGACCCUGAAACGACUCAUCCAAAAUGAUAAGCAGAGGAUGAAUGCCGGACAGAAAGUGCUGUUCUCCGAGGUGUUGCUAGGAAAGCUACCUGAAGGAGCAGUGAAGGCAUGGGCAGCCUGCAAUCGAGGCUGCUUCACAAUUGUCAGCAUGCUGGAUCUAGAGCAUCCAGAGAUAAUCAAGAACCUGGUCUCCUGUCUGAAGGGAUUGAAGUCUUCGCUUAAGAAGAUGACCUUUAAAGGGGCACAGGUGCUCGCACAGAAAAUAGACGAGGCAAACAAGACGGCAGUGUAGAAGUGGGGUUGUGGGAAUAAACUACUCAUUGUAGGGAGUGGGGAGUUGGAACCCCAAAUAGGUCGGGAGGUUGUUAUGAGUUUUACUGAUGCAAUAUGCUGUGUGUGUUGUAUUAUGUUGUGUCCAUCUGUAGGGAAAUGGUAUUGACCACAAAAUUGUGGUUGAGCAUCAGUUAGACCAGGUGUAAGGUUAAAUGAUGCAUGUACUUUGCAUUAUUCUGUAUAAAUGUACAUGUUUGUCAUUAAAACUAUGUUGUUCCUGUCAUGCAUGUACAUAGUAAAAUCUAGAUGAAAUGGUCAUUUUUCCUGUAACAAGUCAUGUACAAGUUUUAACAUCAAACUUUGUUAUAAGAAAAGUAACAACAUUUUGCAUGGUUGUCUUAAUGUCUUUGUUGCAGACAUUGUACCAUAUGAAAUAGAAUCACGGUACCUGUACAUGUGUGUCAAUUUUAGUUAUAGUUUGAGAUGUAAUGGUAUUUUAGUUGUAUUUAUAACGAUACUUAAAAUAGAAAAUGCAUAUACCUACAGCAGCGGACAUAACUAUAUUAUUUCAUUUUUAUAAUAAUAAUAAGAGCUUUGUCUUUAUUUGCAAAUACCAUUAAUAUAAUUUAAGCUUUAUUUUUAGACAUUUCUUGGUAAAUAAAUCUUAAUUUUUUUAAAUGUCAGAUAUUGUAAUCCGUUUUACUGACUGUAACUAGACAAUAGUUGUUUAAUGUUACAGUGCAUGUGAACAUUUGUAAUUUAAAUUACCGUUAUUACUGUAUUUAAUUUUUUUACAUUUAUUUUUAUGCCAAAAUAAUAAUUUGUAUGACUCCAAUUUUUUCGCGCUAACAGAUUUUCAUCUGCGAUAAAUGACUUAAUUCUUGGAAAGUUACAUAAUUGCAGAAUUGUAUUGAUUUGCAUAAAUAUGGCGACAUAAAACAUGUGUAUCACAGUAUUACCGGUAUGAUCUGAUAAAACCUUGCAGAGAAAUGAGCCUAGUCACUGGACCUUUACAUUUGCAUGACUUGGGUAAAUAAGCAUGUACACUGAUAAUGGUUUCACCUUAAGGAAACAGUAAGUUCUGCUUAAUGUAUUGGCUAUUGUUUUUGGUUGUAAUCAUUUCAGGUACAACUGGAUGGUGUCAUUUAAUACCAAACCUUUCCAUCUGAUUGCUUAUAAAAAUUAGCAUUGUGUUCAUUAGUGGCAAUUAUGAUUUCAAUUAUCUACAACUAUAUGCUUUGCUUUAUUGUGAUAAAUUAGCAAACAUUUCAUUAUGGAGUAUUUAAAUUUGUUAAAGACAACACAAUAAUAAUUUGCAGUUUAUUUGAGUGCAAAUUACGGAUUCAUACUAUUGUACGGGAUUCUUAAAGUUCUUCAUUGAUCAAAGUACAACCUUGGAAUAUAUUUCCAUUAAACAAAAUCAAACCCAAUGAAAUGAUUUUAAAUUAAUUUCAAAAUUAUAUUUUUAACCAGGUUUUCCGAAGGAAAAAACUGGUUAUUAGAUUGGCGAAUGCGGGCGGGCUGGCUGGCUUGCGGGCUGGCUGGCGGGCUGGCGGAAUAAGCUUGUCCGGGCCAUAACUAUGUCGUUCAUUGUCAGAUUUUAAAAUCAUUUGGCACAUUUGUUCACCAUCAUUGGACGGUGUGUCGCGCGAAAUAAUUACGUCGAUAUCUCCAAGGUCAAGGUCACACUUUGAGUUCAAAGGUCAAAAAUGGCCAUAAAUGAGCUUGUCCUGGCCAUAACUAUGUCAUUCAUUGUGAGAUUUUAAAAUCAUUUGGCACAUUUGUUCACCAUCAUGGGACGGUGUGUCCCACGAAAGAAUCACGUCAAUAUCUCCAAUGUCAAGGUCGCCACGACUAAAAAUAGAUUUAAAAAAAAAAAAAAAACUUACAAAGGGGGUUAAUUUUUUUUGGUCAUUUCAAAAGUUCGUUUGAGUUUUCUCCCUUUAUCAGAUUUUUUUUUCACAAUGAAAACCUGGUUUUGUGACAAUUUUGUCCCUUGUUAAUAACUAUAAAUACUUAAUGGCUUGGUAGUAUCAUUCAUAGGUGACAUUAUGCACUGAAAUAUAGGAACAUCCUAUUUGUAAGAUCUAUCAUCAUGUCUCUACAUUUUCUGACACUGUAUGUUUAGAAUGUUUUAGUAUCUUAAUUUUCAGACUAUACUUGUUUUUAUUCUAUUAGUGUCCGAAAUCUUUGAGUUAUUAUGGUAAUUUAACAUUUUAAAUAUGUGUAAAAACAGGAGAAUGUCAAUCUGGUUUGAAUUUCUUGUUUAUUGUUUUAGAAGUGUUUUAUACUACUGUAAUAGUUUAGAAUAUGUAUACAUCACAAUUUAUGACAGAAUGAUAGAAAAUAACUUUGAAUAAACAGGGUCAUUCACUGGCUAAUCACAUUUUGUAAAUUUUAUUAAUUUUAGAUUAUAUUUAGAACAUGUCUUUACUUUCAUCUAUUAUUCUUUCAGGAAAAUUUGUAAAGCACAUUAUUUUAUGUUGUUGUUUUUUUUUAUUCGUUGCUAAUGUGAUUUAAAAGUAAAUAAAAAUACAAUAAAAAUGGUGAUUCAAACAGAAUCUUGCUUGUAAUUAAAUAAGAACUUAACUUGUAAAAGACAUGACAAAAUUGCAAGCCUAGCAAUUAUUUUCUUUGUAACGACCCAGUCUUUGCUAUCUGAAGGUCCAUAGAGCCAUUUAUGUUAAUGCACUGCAAUAAAAUAAUCCAGCUUUUGGUA